GCGCGCGGAGGGCCGGGCGGGCGGGACGGAGGCCGGGAGGCCGGGGCGGCGGGCGCGCAGCUCGGCGGGAGGCGGGCGCCCGGAGACGCGGCUGGGGCCCGCGCGGCCGGGGCGCCGUCCCAGAGCAGGGCUGCCCGGCCCCGGCCCCGGGCCGCCCGCGCUCCCCAUGAAAAACCAGCUCCGCGGCCCCCCAGCGCGGGCGCACAUGUCGACUUCGGGGGCGGCGGCGGCUGGGGGCACCCGGGCGGGGUCCGAGCCCGGUGCGGGAUCGGGGUCCGGCGCAGGCACCGGGGCGGGCGCGGCGACGGGGGCAGGGGCCAUGCCCUGCAAGAGCGCCGAGUGGCUGCAGGAGGAGCUGGAGGCGCGCGGCGGCGCGUCCCUGCUGCUGCUCGACUGCCGGCCGCACGAGCUCUUCGAGUCGUCGCACAUCGAGACGGCCAUCAACCUGGCCAUCCCGGGCCUCAUGUUGCGCCGCCUGCGCAAGGGCAACCUGCCCAUCCGCUCCAUCAUCCCCAACCACGCCGACAAGGAGCGCUUCGCCACGCGCUGCAAGGCGGCCACCGUGCUGCUCUACGACGAGGCCACGGCCGAGUGGCAGCCCGAGCCCGGCGCUCCCGCCUCCGUGCUCGGCCUGCUCCUACAGAAGCUGCGCGACGACGGCUGCCAGGCCUACUACCUCCAAGGUGGUUUCAACAAGUUUCAGACAGAGUACUCUGAGCACUGCGAGACCAACGUGGACAGCUCUUCCUCGCCGAGCAGCUCGCCACCCACCUCAGUGCUGGGCCUGGGGGGCCUACGCAUCAGCUCUGACUGCUCCGACGGCGAGUCGGACCGAGAGCUGCCCAGCAGUGCCACCGAGUCGGACGGCAGCCCUGUGCCAUCCAGCCAACCAGCCUUCCCUGUCCAGAUCCUGCCCUACCUCUACCUCGGCUGCGCCAAGGACUCCACCAACCUGGACGUGCUCGGCAAGUACGGCAUCAAGUAUAUCCUCAAUGUCACACCCAACCUACCCAACGCCUUCGAGCACGGCGGCGAGUUCACCUACAAGCAGAUCCCCAUCUCUGACCACUGGAGCCAGAACCUCUCCCAGUUCUUCCCUGAGGCCAUCAGCUUCAUUGACGAAGCCCGCUCCAAGAAGUGUGGUGUCCUGGUGCACUGCCUGGCAGGCAUCAGCCGCUCAGUGACGGUCACUGUGGCCUAUCUGAUGCAGAAGAUGAACCUGUCACUCAAUGACGCCUACGACUUUGUCAAGAGGAAAAAGUCCAACAUCUCGCCCAACUUCAACUUCAUGGGGCAGCUGCUGGACUUUGAGCGGACGCUGGGGCUAAGCAGCCCGUGCGACAACCACGCGCCAAGUGAGCAGCUCUACUUUUCCACGCCCACCAACCACAACCUGUUCCCACUCAAUACGCUGGAGUCCACGUGAGGCCUGGUGCACGGGGGGGCAUGGCACCAGGCCCCUGCUCGGCUCUCCACAGGGCUAGGUGGGAGAGCCCAAGCCUGCCGCCUCUGGCCUGAGGAACCCCCAGAUGUCGCCUGUGCCCAGAGGCCCAGGCUGAUCGGUGUCGGAGCGCCCCUCACCAUCCUUGGGGGCGGGGCCCACAGGCAAGGUCUCCCACGGCAGGGCUUGCUGGAGAGGCCUCAUCUCUCGGACGUGUGGCUUUGGGCGUCCACCAGGGCCUCAUCCUGUCCAGGACGCUCCUUUCUGCUGAUGGCCCAGCCAGUUUGGCUAUUUUUUAAAGACACAUCCACAGACCUGAGUUUACUUUUUACUUUUGGCAGGUAAAUCCAAGCUCCCUGGAGCACAAAGAGUGUUUGAGCUCUUCUUGAUUUUUCUUUCUUUUUUUUUUUUUUUUUUUUAACAAAAAGUGUUAUUUUCAGGCUACAUGCAACAGUGGAUUGUAUAACCCAGUAUUUCAUCCCUUUCCUGAUCCUGCAAGAGAGAGAAAUGUUAUCAGUUUUGUUUUUUGUUCAAUUUCAAAAAGCAAGUAUCGUGUUUGUUUUUGUUUUUGUUUUUUAAUGGAAAAGACAGACCCCAUGUUGACCUUGACCAAAUGCGUUUUGCACAUGUGUGAAGCCUCCGUUUCCUCGGCGGGCCCUUCUUGAAGGGGUGGCUUACUGCUCUUCAGGUAUUGGGACCCCGGGUCGUGCUGCCUCCCACCCUUGGCCUAGUCUGACUUAGCCCUGCAUUCGCCUGUGAUGACUGCUGCAAGUUGUGAUUGGUGGGCUGGAUGGUGGUCUUUGCAUUUUCUGCCCUCUCAUCCAUCCCUCUGGUGGUCCCUGCAGACCUCCCUGAGGCAGAAGGUGGGGAACCUGGGGCCCUGCCGCUGUCCCCCAGGAGGUGGGCCGCAGGGGGCUGCCAGGCAGUAGCAUUAGCCCCCUGGGCUCAGCCCCUAGGAGGGCCUGGGCUCUGAGCCCUUUUAUAUACUUAGCCACUACUUCUGUCUGUCUGUCUGUUUCUCUCUCUCUCUCUCUCCCUCUCCUCUCUCUUGUUGUAACUGGGAGUGGAGGCCCAGUGGCUGGGGAGAGCUUAGGUGGUGGGGCCCAGCCCUACCUCCAGGUUCUUCCCUCUCCCUAGCUGUCGCUUUGGUCUAGCCACUCCCAGCCCCCUUGUCCCCUUGGAAGCUUGCCCUGCCCUCAUCUUGCCCAUGCCUUCUACUGCCAGGAGACUUGCACCCAUUUCAACCCUAGGGCAGGGGCAAGUGGGGCAAGGAUGGAUCAGCAGAAGGGGAGUGAGACUCUGUUCACUUCCCCCUGCCUCCACAGAACAAAGCCACGGAUUCCGUUAUCUUCCACCAGUUUUGUUCUUUCUCCAGCCUCAGUUCCACCAGGUGUCAGGACUGCAUGGGGGCCUGGGACAGGCAGAGGGGUCAGGCCAGGGUCCCUGAUGGAGCAGCACUCAGCAUGUGAGUGAGGCCCCAGAAAAACUCUGCCCCACUGCUUCUUACCUCACAGGGGUGGCUUUCAGGGAUUCUUUAGGGCAGCAGAUUAAAAUCUUGCCACAGUCGAGAAAUUGACAACAAGCUUCCAUGCUGUACAUGGUUCUCUUUUUCUCUCUUUUAUUUUUAAAAAGAAAACCCAGAAAGAUGUACCAGAUUUGUGUAAAUGAGGGUAUGCCAGAAGGUGGCCAGUUUUGCUUUAUGAUCUUAUGAAGGAAGAUUUGUGACCCUACAUAUAUAUAUACACACACAUACAUAUAUAUAUCCCGAACCAACAACGGGACUUUGUUUAUAUUGCAAAUAAAUAUUAUUUUUUCUUUAAAA